AUGGAUCGGCAAAAUUCCGAUGAUAUCAUGAAGUUUCUUGACGGCAUGGCUAGCUCCGAUGAUGUUCUAUUUGGUUUUCUCGACGAAGGAAACAAGUCACCGGAAGAUUACUCCGGUAACUUAGCCGCCGGCGAAGAAUCUGAUGCUGACAAUGACACCCCUGGUUGCAAUUCUGAAGAGAACAGAACAUUUUGGCAUGAACAAGAACAACUCCUCCAGGCGACACUGUAUAGGACAAGUUCAAUUGAGACAAAGAUUCGACAAGCAACUAAAGAAGCGUUGAAAGAAGUUAGAUCAAAGGGUUUGCAAUGUGUCUGCCGGACACCGGUGACCGGCGGUUGCCGUAGCUGUUUGCGCAGCGAAGUAUGUCACCGCCUCCGAGACGCCGGCUAUGAUUGCGUCAUCUCUAAAUCGAAAUGGAGAAGCUCUCAUGAGAUCCCUGCAGGUGAACAUGAAUAUCUUGAAAUCGUGGACAAAUCGGGUUCGAAGAAAGGAGAGAUCCGGGUGGUGAUCGAGCUAUCUUUUAGGGCAGAGUUUGAGAUGGCAAGAGGCAGUGAAGAGUACAAGCGACUCGUCGGAAUAUUACCGGAAGUGUACGUCGGAAAAACGGAGAGACUAAAGUCAUUGAUAAAGAUGUUGUGCGCGGCGGCAAAAAAGUGUAUGAAAGACAAGAAAAUGCACAUGGGUCCUUGGAGAAAACACAAGUACAUGCAGGCCAAGUGGUUUGGCACUUGCGAGAGAAAAUCUGUUACGCCGGUCUCGGAAACGGAGAUGGAGACGGAUAUGCCUCCGAAGGCAAAGCAGAGGGUUUCUAUGCUGAAUUAUGGUCUUUUUGGUAGUUUAUCUGCCGGAAUAGGCCGUCCGGCCGCCGUAGCGGUCGUGUAA